AUGAUUUUUGACAUUGCUGCUGACAGCGAAAUUUUGGGCCUUGUCUCCUUCGAACAGUUUGCAGACAAAGUUCCAAAGACAGCAGAAAACUUCCAUGCUCUGAGCACUGGGGAGAAAGGAUUUGGUUAUAAAGGCUCCUGCUUUCACAGAAUUAUGCCGGGACUUAUGUGCCAGGUUGGUGACUUCACACGCCACAAUGGCACAGGUGGCAAAUCCAUCUACAUGGAGAAAUUUGAUGAUGAGAAUUUUGUCCUGAAGCACACAGAUCCUGGCAUCUUGUCCAUGGCAAAUGCUGGACCCAACACAAACGGUUCCCAGUUUUUCAUCUGCACUGCCAAGACCGAGUGGCUGGACGGCAAGCAUGUGGUCUUCUGCCAGGUGAAAGACCACAUGGAUGUUGCUGUGACAGCCAUGGAGCACUGUGGGUUCAGGAGUGGCAAAACCAGCAAGAAGAUCACCAUUACUGACUGUGGACAACUGUAA